AUGAAUACACAAAUUAAAGCAACGAGACAACCAUUAUCUCAAAUUGAUUUCAAUCAAGAUCUAGAGAAUUGUGGCACAACACCUAAACAUAAAUAAUUCAAAACUGCUAUUACACUCAAUAGUGAUUAUAAAAAUAAUCAAAAUUACAAUGUGCAAUUCAAGGUCAAAUAAUAAAAUCAGACUAUGGAUUAAGUGAGUAUCAACAAUGCCAGCAGACUUAAUGAGAAUAAUGCAAUUUUCAUGAGUCCAGCUCCACUUCGCAGAAAUACUCAAUUUCAAAUACAAUAAUAAUAAUAACAAUAGAUUACUUCCCCUUUAUAGAAGAACUAUAGUUAGAAGCACUUUUAACCAAAUUCUCCAAUUACUAAACCUAACAUCUAAUUUAGAGGGGUUUCUCAAUAACCUUUUAAUUAAAAUGUGUCUCAUACAACAACUCAAAAGUUAGAAUCUGAUGUGCAAAUUUUGAAGAAUCAGAAUCAUGCAUUACAAUAAUAAAUAUUUUAGUUAGAGUCUAGUAUUUAGAGAGGAAAUAGCACUCAAUUCAUUAAGGAAUUAGAAAACAAAAUUUUAAUGCUUUCAAAAUUAAACGAAAAAUUAAAUCUGGAUAAUUAGCAAUUACUAAAAAUUAGUGAUGCUGAAUAACUCAGAAAAGAGAAGGAUUAAUAGACUAAAAAAAUAGAGGAAUUGGAGAGUCAAUAUGACAACUUAUUAUAAUAAUUUGAGUAGUUUGAUUGUUAGAAAUUGAAUGAAUUAGAGUAAAUGAAUCAAGAAAAUAAGAUAGAAAAUUUAGUAGUUGAUUUGGAAGAUAAGAUUACUGGAUUGAUAAUUGAGAAUGAAAAACUGAAUUAAUAGAUUUAAGAAGGAAUGAAAAUUGAUUAAAACAUUGAACAAUUAUAGUUAGAAGUGUAACAACACUAGAUUGCAUAUUAAAAGUUGAAACACGAGGAGGUUUAAUAUAGAUUUAAAUUUGAUACUGCAAACUAUGAUGAAAAAGUAAGCAGGAGACAUCAACAACACGAUAGUAGUAGAGACAAAGUAAUCGAAAAUAUUAAACUCUUGGAAGAAGAGAACUCAAAUUUAAGAGGGUUAAUAAGAGAUGUUGAUUACGAGGAGGAGAUUAAGGACAUGGAGGAUAGGAUUCGAGUGAUAGCCUAGGAUAAUAAAAAGUUGGAGAUGCAAUUGCUGUCAAAAUGAUAUAUAUAAUGUUUCGGCUUAUUUCAAAA